AUGUCAUCGGUCCCGCAGGAGAGCGAGUGCGAGGGUGGCUCGAGGCCUCGGGUGGUCAGCGUCUCCGUGCAGCUGGAGCAGGACGGCAUCAACCAGUCAGCCCGGUGCAGCGAGCGCGGUUGCGCCAGGACGAGAAAGACCGACAGGGCCGCCAAGGCUGGAGGCGUCUCCACGCUCCUGGUCCGCAACCUCCUCGAGACCCUCACCCGAGUCAGCAUUCCAUUGUCUGCUUCCUCGGCCCUGUCCCGCGGGACUUCAAAGCUCGCACUUUCCUGGGAUAUCCUCAAGGUAUAUAAAUAUACUCCCAUCGCUCACAGUUUUUACUUGUUUUUCAUCGGUGUCUCGCUCAACACACUGGCCAACACCCAACUGGAGGACAUUCGAGUGUUCGGCGUCUUGCAGAGGUUCAGCGUCGCCUACCUGGUCGCGGCCACCGUCCACACGCUCGCGUUCCGGCCAAACACCGCGACCAAAUGGAAGAGGUCAUCAUUGGCAGACGUGAUGGUGAUGCUGCCCGAGUGGGUGGUAGCUUUCCUCGUCCUUGCGGCGCACUGUCUUAUUGUACUGCGGCUGCCCGUUCCGGAUUGUCCAAAUGGCUACUUUGGCCCCGGGAGACUCUACGCAGACGGCAAAUAUUGGAACUGCACGGGCGGCGCGACGGGCUACCUCGACAGUAUCCUACUGGGCGAGCGACACGUUUACCGGCAUCCCAUGGCCAGCGGCGUUUACGGAUCCGGAGCCUUUGAUCCCGAAAGCGUCGUAGGUUGUCUACCGUCGAUAUUCCAAGUGUUCCUGGGCAUGCACGCCGGGCAGAUACUCAAGGCGCACCGCGCCUGGAAGGGUCGGCUGUUGAGGUGGCUCUCGUGGGCCGUCGUCUACGGCCUCGUCGCCGGGGCGUUGCACUACACUGGUGCCAUUCCCAUAAACAAGAACCUGUGGUCGCUGUCGUCCGUCAUGAUAACGACGUGCUUCAACUUGGGACUCCUGUCGGUGUUUUACCUGGUGAUCGACGUGACCGGCGCGUGGCAAGGUGGCCCCUUCAGGAUACCAGGUAUAAACGCCCUCGUCAUGUAUGCGGGCCACCAGGUGCUUUGGUCGAUGUUUCCCUUUCACUGGAAAAUCGGGCGCAUGAACAGCCACGCGCUACUGCUAACCGAGUCGAUCUGGUGCGUGGGACUCUGGACUCUGGUGGGUUACGUGCUGCACCGGAAGAAAAUAUACUUCAGGCUUUGA